AUUUACCUUAGAUUUUUCUUGUUAUCCUUUCCUUGCGCAUAUGAGCAGCACAUCUAUCUGCGAAAUAUCGUUUGUUCAAACCCUUGCUAUUUCGUAUUGAACUACUACAACUUGUCUUGCUCUUGAAUUUCCUUUGCUGCUUUCAACAACUCAAAUUUUCCAACGUCAAAAACAUUUACAAGGCCAUUGUUAGCGAUGCGGUACUUGCCUGUCCUUGUUGCGUCCCUGGUGGCGAGCGUUGCUGCAGCCCCGUCUAACAUUGUCCGGAACAAUGUCUAUGGGUAUUCUGCCGAGCUCGCAGAAUUCUACUCAAGAGUCAGUCACUACAUUGGCGAGAUACGACAAGCAUCCACUGCAUCUCCAACGUGCGAUACAUCGAAGAUCGCAUUGCCCGCCCAGGCAAGCGGGCUGCCUGCUCCACCAGCGGGGCAGAAAGUGUUACAUGUUGCAGUUGGUCGAGGGACACAGAACUAUACCUGCGCCGACUCAACAGCCAAUACUAAGCCUGUGGCUAUCGGUGCUCUUGCCAGUCUCUACAACGCCACCUGCGUUGCUGCAAAUUACCCAGAUCUAAUGUCAAUGGCACCGAAUGUCGUGAUUAACAUCGCCCUACCUACCAAGUCCUCCUCCACACUUCCACCUGCCAACCUCGAGUUGCUCGGCCAUCACUUCUUCAGAGACACCACUACGCCGGUAUUCAACCUGGACACCACGCCCGAGCGGCAGUAUGGCAUCGCAAUCAGCAAAAAGAACUCAUCUAUGAGCGCCCCCACUGAUGCCGUGAAGGGUCAACAUAAUACCGGGAAUGGCGCAGUGGCCUGGCUCUACUUGGAUACCAUUAAUGGUACUGUCGGCGACUACAAGUCUGUCUACCGCGUAAACACGGCGGGCGGCAAUCCUCCAGCAACGUGUGAGGGUAUGGGUAAGACCUUUACUGUCCAAUAUUCGGCAGAUUAUUACUUCUAUGGCUAGUUCACUUGUUUCGUGAUCGGUUAUUGCCUAGCAGCUGUCUGAGCGUUCUGAAUUUGGCAUUGUCUGCA